CUUUGUUCUUAGGAAUCGAAUCUCGAUUCCAAACAUUUUACGAAUAGAGAUGUUAGGGGAAAGUGGGGAAGCAGUACAAUGAUCUCACUGGGAAUUGGGCAAAAUUGAAGAUCAUCGACCAUAGAUAACGAGGAUUGAAGUUGAUCCAAAUGGAUUGUACAGCUGCAAGAAAAACACAAAAGGCUGACCGAGAAAAAAUAAGGAGGGAUCGACUCAAUGAGCAAUUUGUGGAACUGGGGAACAUUUUAGACCCUGAUAGGCCCAAAAAUGACAAAGCAACCAUUCUUGAUGAGACAAUUCAAUUGCUAAAGGACCUUACUUCUCAAAUUAGUAAACUUAAGGAUGAAUAUGCUACCCUAAAUGAAGAAUCCCGUGAGUUGGCUCAAGAGAAAAAUGAUCUCAAAGAAGAGAGGGCUUCUCUUAAAUCAGAUAUUGAGAGCUUGAAUAAUCAGCAUCAACCACAGCUUAGAACUAUGUGUCCAUGGACUGCAAUGGAUAAUUCAGUAACGCUAGCUCCCCCAUCAUAUCCAUAUCCAGUGCCAAUGCCAAUGCCAAUGCCAAUGCCAAUACCUCCUGGUCCAAUUCCCAUGCAAUCAUACCCCUUCUUUGCUAAUCAACGUUCUGCUGUCAUCCCUAACCCAUAUUCAACAUAUGUUCCUUAUUUAGUUCCCAAUAACCUUGUUGAACAGCAAUCCACCCAUUACACAUUCCCCCCACUUCAUCCAGGUAAUCAGUCCUAUGUGUCAGGAAAACAAGAAUUCAGAAACAAAUCAUCCAAGGAGAGCAAGGAUGAAAAACAUGAGGAUUCUAAUGAUGUCACUAAGGACCUUGAGUUGAAGACUCCUGAAUCUUCUUCUGAUCAGGAUUUAUCUUUUGGACAAAGGAAAUCCAGCCAGUUGUCAAGGAAGGAAAGUGGUUGCACUGAAGUUAGUUUGUUAGGCAGGUGUUCUUCCUCUUGUAGCGUUCAGGAUAGCUCAUCAAGUAGUGUAGUUCACGAGCGCAAAGGCUCAUGAAUGAUAAAAGGCACAUUUUUAGUCAAGUGAUUAUGCCUUUUGAAGCCACUUUGAAGGUUUUUCCCUUGUUUUUACUGAUGCAACUAUAUGAGGGUAUCAGUCACUUGUGUUUCUGCAACUAUCUGAGUGAUUACAGUGAACCAGUAAACGGUAGUAUUGCUAGCAGAUGCAAAAGGAAAGAAGAAAAAUCUCACAAAGGGAGUUUACUAUCUUUCCA